GUUAUGAUUGUCUUAGAAAAUAGAUUUGUGUACACCUGUCAACAGGCAAAGAGAAGACGUGUUACGCAGUCACCAUCCACAAGUACGAGAGGCUUCGGCAAAUUACAGCACACGUGAUACAAAACAAAAUGAUGCAAAUACUGCUGUAUCAAGACGCUAUAAACAUGCGGAGGAUAUUGCUCAAUAUUUAUACAGAGUUGGAGUUAAGUAUAGGCCAUUAUGUCAAAAUACAUCCUUAAGCAAAGCACAACCGUUAUUGUUAGGCGAAUGGGACAAGCGGUUAAUUAUAACCCACUGUAUGUGGACGGCUUCAAGAUGUAGUCUGCAAUUUUCCUUCGUCAGCAAAUGUACUUUUUUGUCUUACAUGUAUACUCCACUUCCAUUUAAAUACAGGAUCAUAGUGCAAGAAAGUAAAGACAUUUAAGACAGUAAUCAUCCCUUGUUACUUUUUCCACACUGCAGUGAUAAAGAAUUCCAGAUGGAUCCAAAUGGAUGUUUUUUUGCAAAUGCAGAAUAAAACACAGAGCUGUGUUACUUUCAGGGGCGUCUUUGACAAUGACUCUGUUACACACACCUUAAUAUUCCACUGUUAUUCUAAAGAUGACAGUAGUAAGCCUUUUUCCAAAUGAAGCUUUUUUCAGAUUAAGAUGUGGGAUAUGCCAAUAUCAUUUUGAUUUUAGCAUUCUUUGAACAGUACACUCAGAAUAAGCAUCUCAGUUGGGGUUUUUUACUGCAUUUUGCGACACAUGACCUCUUGCCUGUGUGUCAUCGUGGCUACAUCGUACACAAACCAACUUGUCAACAGUUUGCAAGGCUGCAAGUAGAGAUGCAUGCCCAAAAUAUACGCCCACAUUUCUGUUGGGAAGCAGAAACGCACCUAAACAUUAUGCAAGAUUCAGAUCAACAUUUUUUUUGGGUAUGUGACAACCUGACACAAAGAAGCAAAAAGGCACAAGCAGCUCUGGCCGUUCACUUUUCACAUUUAGAUGUGAUAAAUGACAUAUUAGGGCAUGCUAAUCUUAGUAUGCAUGGCUGAAUGUAAACAGGAGUAUUAGUGGAAUAUUUAUUUUCAUUAGCAAUGUAAACAGCGUAGUGGGAAUAUUGUCUUUUACGGAGUAAAGGCAAAACCUGAACUGUAUCUGCCUGAAUUGUUACUUAUUUUGGUGAAUUUAUAUUUUAAAAAUCCCUUCCUAUUGUUCUUUGCUCUGGCUUUUAUAGGAUAUAUGGCGAUAAAUGUAUCUGUAUACAGUCACCCUCGAUAUUUUCAGUAGAAUUCAGGACUCAAUCAAGAGAGCACUGACUGCAAAACAUGUCUUUGCAAGACAACAAAAAUAAUUUGUUACUUUUCAGCUAGUCUUGUGUCUCCACAGUGCUGUGUCAGCACUGGAGAAAGGUCUGAGACCAUCUGUUAGUAUUCCACUAUAGGGACAAAAAUGCUCUAGGACUGUUUUUGGUGGAAAAUUUGCUUUUGUGGCACGUUGGGAGGCAAGCACUGACAUCACAAUGUUACAACGAUAUCAAAGAAGCUUGUGUGAAGUGGAGUGGGUCGGUAAAUUGGUGAAGUCAGUGUCACUGGCACAUGCCGCUGCCAGGAUAAAAAGAUGUGGCAAAUCAACUCUGACUGGCUGGAUUAACAUCGGGCAUGAGAGUCCUGUGAGCUUUUAGAAAGUGUAUUAUCAAGUUGUUUUAUUCUUUGUAGAUCUUUACAACAAUUAACCUAAAGAACAAAGCAGGCAUGCCUCACUGCACGAAUGAAACCUUCAUCAAAACAUGUAGUUUUCAGUGUGUAGGUUGUUGUUGUUGUUGUUUCCUGUAGCGAAGGGGAUUUUGGAAAAGGUAACUUGCAGACAGCAUAAGGGGAGGAGAAUGCUGGCCUAAAUAGCUGGAAAUUGGCAGGUGUAUAGCCACAGAUUACAUCCAGUAAGUCAUACUAUUUUUCAACACAAGUUCUGUAAAUGAGAACACUGAAACAUACUUAACCAAACACAUGUGGGUGUGGAAAAAGUUGAGGCUUGUUUCGUAGACUGUGAUAACUCUGACAUGUUAUGGAGAAUCUACAAGAUCAUUAGAGUAUUUUUAAGUGAUUAUUAAGUUUGAUUCCGAAGCAGUGACUUGAUUGCUAUGAAUUUGAACAUUUGAAGAAGGGUUUUACCAAAUGAGUAAAUCUAAUCUGUCUGUAGUGGAUUUAAAAAAAAACGUUUUGUUUUUAGAAGGUAAAUAUACAGUUGGAUCACAGUUAUAUUAAACAAUACACUGUUUUUAGAAAUUAUGUUACUGUUUUCUCAAGUGGCAUAUUUAUUUACCUGUUGGCUCCCCUUUUAUAUUUCCAUUUGUCAACAUUGUUCAACGCUAUACCUGAUGUGCAGCCAUGUGUGCACCCUUGAAACUUUCCAGAGAGCAGAAAUGAAUCUUAUCUGCCAUGUUUAAAGUUUCAAAGGUGCUCAUACAGAGAGUCUGACACCACAACAGGAAACAGUCAAGGGAGGUCAUACAUUCUGGAGGUGCUGUUUGAGAAUUCAUUUUCUUUUACGGUCCAAAAAUUCAGACAAAUUCAGUCUCACUAAUUUUUACAACAACACUAUGCACACAAUUAAUGUUGUUUCAGGUUAUUUUGCAUUACAGAUUUUACAAACCAUGGCACCUCCUGAAUGCUUAUCACAACAGGCAUGUUAUGUCAGAGCUGCUUUGAUGCUGCUGAGAACAGAACAGGAGAAACCAGUACAUAGCAGCUUAGAGUAGAAUUUCUUUAAGACUGUGUUUAUUAAUAAAGCACAAUCUCUGAGUGUGUAGCCACCCGGAGAGCUUAACCUCAUUUAAUCAUUGAUGUACGUGCAGUCAGUGGAGAACACAACCCACUGGGAUACCAGCUCUGACAUUUUUAUGGUCUGAGGUGUUUCUAAAUAGCAAAUGGUUUUAUCUGCAGUUUUCCUGUACAUCAUUAUCUUCCACUGUGACCCAGCCAGACCCCAGACGAGCAUCAUUUCCUUUAGGCAAUGGCCAGAAAGCUGUAUGGAUGGGACGGGGAGCAGAUUCCACACCAGGCGUGGGCAGGACCUCGCUUAGCGUCGGGACACCUGUGCUGGAGUGCGUCUGGAGAACAUUUUGUCAUCAUGAACAAAGAUAAAGAUCCUGAAUUUAGCACCCCAGAGGGAGACGGGAUGGACAUUUGCAGUGGUGUUGCAGAUGUGAAGCCACAGGAGGAGGAAGAACAGAGGGAAGACAAGUCAUUCAGCGAGAAUGGAAUACAGUGUGCUGAAGGUGUGACAGAUCCACAUAUGAUAAAGACGGAGGCAGAGGAGAUGGAAGAUAACGAGCAGUACCCCGAGGCUGAAAAAGAAAGAGAGAUUGUGCUAAAAGAGGAAGCAGAAGGGGCAAGUGAGGAUGGCACGGAGGAAGGAUUUGACGAGGAGAGGAUAGAGGAGGACGACGAGGACGGGGACGAAGAAGGAGAUGCGCUGAACGAGCCGCAGGACCUGUCACUGGUGGACUGCUCGCGUUACGACAGCGCCGCCCUGCCAGACGCCCACACAGCAGCAGCGGUGGCGGGUGCAGAAGGGACCUUUGCGCCUGGAGCUGUGGCCCCCCGCAUCCAGGCGACAGGCAAGCUCAACUGUGACAUCUGUGGCCUGUCCUGCGUCAGCAUCAACGUACUGCUGGUGCACAAGCGCAGCCACACGGGUGAGAGGCCAUUCCACUGCACGCAGUGUGGGGCCUCCUUUACCCAGAAGGGAAAUCUGCUGCGCCACAUCAAACUGCAUUCCGGGGAGAAGCCUUUCAAAUGCCCCAUGUGCAGCUACGCCUGUCGUCGACGCGAUGCUCUGAGCGGGCACCUGCGCACCCAUUCUGUAGAGAAACCCUUCAAGUGCAACCACUGCAGUCGCAGCUACAAGCAGCGAAGCUCCCUCGAAGAGCACAGAGAGAGGUGCCAUGUGUACAUUCAGAGCAAAGGUCCCGCUGACAGAGAGGACGGCCAGACAUCCAGGACUCAGAUGGGCACUGAGCGUGCACUGCUGCUCGACAGGCUCGCCAACAACGUAGCCAAACGGAAGAGCUCGAUGCCACAGAAGUUUACUGGCGACAACGGUGUCUGCCUGGACCUGAGCUUUAACAGGGAGCUGGUCUACCGGACAGACAUCAAGGAGCCUCCGCCAGCCUCCCCAGAGCCCAACACCCAUCCACAUCAGCAACAAACCAUCGUCCCAGGGCCAGACGGCGACCCAGCCCCCUCUCGCAGGCCCUAUCCCAUCCAGUUAACCCGUAACGACAUCAACCCCAUGGGCCUCACUAACGGCCACAAGAUGGGCAUGCCAAUGCUGGGCCUCCCUCACACCGCCCAGCCGCCCCCUGGUAUGGACUCGUUCCACACUGACAGCUCCCAGAUGUCCCAGCCUGUCAUGUACAACUUAGGGCACCUGCUGGGCGGGCUGAACCAUCAGAACGGCAUCCCUCACCCACAUGCCCAGCCCGUCCCCUUGUCACUGCUGGAGGCUUUACGGGUGGUGCGGGCCGACGGGGAGGGCGGGGCGCUGCCAGGGGCGGUGUACUCCUGCGGCCACUGCAGGGUGAUCUUCCUGGACUAUGUCAUGUUCACGAUCCACAUGGGGUGCCACGGCUUCCGCGACCCACUUGAGUGCAACGUUUGCGGCCACCGCAGCCGGGACCGUUACGAGUUCUCUUCCCACAUAGCCCGCGGCGAGCACCGCCUGGAACUGAAGUAGCUUUCAUUCAUGCUUACACACACACACACACACACACACACACACAGAGACA